ACCGUUGCUGUUGAGUGGCCACCAAGUUCGAUGCUGAUGGUUUCGCGGUGGUUUUGUGAAUUGGAACCAAUUUCCCGGCCCGAUUCGCACGGUUUCGAAGACACCCGAUCGUGUGGAUGGCUUCAUUAUUGUUCACCGUGCCACGGGAGUUAUAUCGAUCGCGAAUUGUUCGGGAAGCGUAAGAAAGGAUCGUUCCGUGAUCGUGCAAUUGAUAUCUGACUGUCGUAGGAGAAUUGCGUAAUUCAUUGGUGUUUGUGAAACUACUUUCUACCAAGGAUAUAAAACAUCAUUUUUCAGUACGGCGCAUCAAGGGAGCAGUACACCGAAUGAAAUAAUCACAUAACACCUGUACUUGGACAUUAGUUUGAGUGACAAACACCGAUCCUGCUGGCGGGCAAACACAUUUAGGAAGCAUCCGAACCGUCCGCAUCUCUUUCGGGCGUUCGGUUAUACUUUUUGGGCUAUUCUUAGAAGGUCAGUCCAAUGGUGAUCUAAACGGCAAGGGCGGAGAACGGGAUCUGGCCCGAGGCGUAUCGAACCGACGGUGCGCUCGUGUGCGUGCAGUAGUCGCGCCCUCCCAGCAUCCCGCGGGAAAACUUGACGCGGUAUCUCGGGAAAUCCGGACCCUGUCCCGGCCCAGUCAAGAUGCUGGGAGCUGCACUUAUAGGACGGCGUAAAAGCUCAGUUGCCAAAGGGAAAACUUUCACCGAGGAGGAAAUCAAGGAUCUGCGAACAGCAUUUGACCUGCUCGACCGUGACCAGGAUGGGCACGUGACACCAGAAGAGCUGCAGUUCAUGCUGCGAAACCUCGGCAUCCACGUGCGGGACGAACUGAUCGACGAUCUGCUGCGGGAAGCUAGUCGGACAGGCAGCGGGCUGAUAGACGAAACAGAGUUCCUUCAGUGGGUGGCGAGAAUACAGGCCCUAAAAGACGACAGCAACACCAGUAGCAGCAGUAGCAGUAGCAAUAAUCCCGCCCAGUCAGCCGACGACGAUCUAACGCAGGAUCUAGUGGCAGCGUUCCGAGUAUUCGAUCGUGAUGGCAAUGGGUACAUAACGCGAGACGAGCUGAAAUCCGCCAUGGAUAUGAUCGGCGAGAAUGUGACCGAGUACCAGCUAAACGAGAUGCUGGAGCUUGCCGACGCGGACAAGGACGGCCGAAUCAACUACGAAGACUUUCAAAACUUUUUCCUUAACAAUUUCGAGGCGCUGGUGCAACCUCCCAAGAAGUGAGACAAAUUGGGAGCCAAUUCUCCUCACCCUUCAAUGUGUGUGUGUGUGUGAGUGCGUGUAUGUGGGAGUGUGUAUGGGUGCAGUUUUUUUCUGAUCCCGUAACUGCGAUGUGAUCCUGUUGGUCUAAAAAGAAGACUUUCAUCUAGAAACUGCAUCGAGCAACACCGAGACAAUGCCACGCAGCAGGACGGGCAGGACACGCAGCGAGUCCUAGUCAUGAUAAGACCCUCUUACGAGCACCAGCACAUACGCACAGCUACCAUAGCGUUCGUUCGUAUACAGUAAACUAGGAUGUACAUUUCGUUUAGAGCACUUAGUGCUGCUACGUAAGCAAAUAUUGAACCCAACACGUGCGUCGCAAAUGAUAGUGUAUUAAGCAAAUCGAAGUAUUAAUGUUCUCUGGGUAGACAUCUCCGUCUUCUUCCUACACAGCGCCAUAGAAGCAAACAAACCUGUUGUGACUAGACUAUAGUAAACAAAAAACAACAACUGAAAAAACAGAAAUCAUUAACACCAAUUUUGUGCAGUAAUAAA